AUGGAAAAUGUAUUAUUGUUGAAAAUUAGGAGCUCUUACGGAAUGUAUACGCAUCCGGGUCCAUCCGGUGGAUAUCCUGAUCCAAUGUCUUACAUGAUGGACGGCAAUCAAAUGAUGCACCGACCACCAGGAGACGCCGCUUUCCACCAAGGUUAUCACUAUCCACCCGCCGAAUAUUAUCCUCAUCAUUUGUAA